AUGAUGGCUGCUCACGCCAACGCGGCCGGGAAGCCUGCCCGUCCCCGCCCGUUGUUUGUAGACGACAACCAACGAACCACGACGACGAACGACGGAAAACGACCAAGGCCCGGCCCGCUUGGGCUCGAGCGGGCGGACCUCGAGUGCGAGUUUGGAGACCCGUCGCGGAACCUCAGCUCCCCGGACACCCAGAGCCUGGUAUACACCCUCUUAAAGGCCCAUGUCCUGGCGCUGACAGAGCCCGCGGGAGCCUGCUCCGUACCGUCCAUCAGCUCGCUGCUCGACCUGGAGGAGAGGCUGGCGGCCAAGAAGGAGGACCCGUCCGUGGGCCUUUCGGCGCUGCUCGGCCAGGGGGGCAGCCUGGUCGGGGCCCUGCAGAGCACAGUAGGCAGACGGCGGCUGUUCGUGACGAGGGAUCGCUUUCUGGGCCUGGGGCCUGCCGGCAUGGCGGAGGGCGACGAGGUAUGGGUCUUGCCCGGGGCCGGGGCGGCCUUUGUGCUGAGGAAGACGGUAGGCCUACAGUACAAGUUCAUCGGGGAGUCGUAUGUACACGGUGUAAUGGACGGCGAGGCGGCGGAUGGAAGAGAAGAUGAGGUGAAAAGGAUCUCGUUGAUAUAA